AUGGCUCUGGGCUUUCAAUGCCCCUCUUGGAAUACCAAGGCCUGGGAAGCGAAAUUGAGAGAUCUUGGGGGAAAUCCUGUGGAGCUUCCUACCAAAUCCGCUGUGGAAGAACCUGCUAAGGUGCCUGAUGCUAGUGCUUCAAAGGAUGCCGGUGGCGAUGCUGGGACACAUGCCGGAGAGAAUGCUGGUGGAGAGGAUGUUGCUGAUGAUGCUGAGAGGAAUGCUGAGGAGGAUGCUGGUGGAGAUGUCGUGGUGAAGGAGGGAGCUUACGUCAUGCCUUCAUCCGGUACUGGAGAGUCGGACACCACAGACCCCAUGCCUAUAGUAUCAGACGACAUAGUCUCAUCAGAGCACGAGGUGUAUACCUCAGAUACUACCAGCAUGGACGAUCAUGAUUUCCAGCCAUUUGCGCUGCCCGAUGUCGUUGCUGAGCCCGCUGAUGGCCCUAUCGCUGGGGACUUGCCACUCGUGGUGAUCCCUGCCCCUGUGCCCCUUGCCACUUACCCUAUUGUUGACAUGCCCCUCGACGUAGUCGCUGACGACGACGUCGACUUGUUUGAGGAGGAUGACCUUGAGGGCGAGGCCCACAUUGCUGCUGGUGAUCUCCUACUUCUUGCUGAUGCUCCUGCUGAGGAGGCACCCGAUCAUUCACCAGGAGUGCAGCACCAUUCGCAUGACACAGACCCUGCACCUGCCCCUAGUUUUGUGUUCGAUCAUGAUAUUGAUGAUGAUUCAGAUCCUGUUUUCCCUCCUAGUUUUGACCCAGACCAUGAUAUUGAGUUUGUACACUUAGACCAGCCCAUGGAGGAUCCCGUAGCCCCUGUCGAUCCUGUGUUUGCUGAUCCCGCUGAUUUCGAGAUGGAGUUUAUUGAUCCGGAGCCUGCUACGGCCCCUGAGCCAGUUGUUGCUCCUGAGCCCGCAUUCGAGCAUGACCCUAUUCAUGUUGAUGUACCCGUUGUUGCUCCUUUGGUUAAUGAUGUACCUGUUGAUGAUGCACCCGUUUUCGCACCACCCAUUGUGGGCCUACCUAUUGAAGCUCCACCGUUGGUGGAUGAUCAUGCUGCUAUUGCUCAUAUUGAUGCUCCUCAUGUUGCUGAUAUUCCUGCUAAUCCUGUUGUUGCCCCUCUUCCUGACCCAGUGCAUGUGCAGUUCGAUCAUGCACCUUUUACGACCCAUGUUGAUCCUCGAUAUGCGCACACCCGAAAUGGGUGGAUAGACGAUGAUGAUUACUCGCCUUUCGUGGUACCUGUUACACCUGCUUCAGCACCUGCUUCAGUUCCUAUUGAUGCACCUUUGUUUCCCACACACGUCACUGAUGCGCAUCGCGCAGACCUUCCGGUUACAUUUCUCCAGGACAUCCCUCCACCACGUCCUGGAGAAGGUUCAUCUCGUCAGCCGUUUGGUCAUGUACCUUUCAUGUUAGGAGGAGAUCAGUUUGUACCUCCGAUUUCUCAUCAUACUUUUGUUCCCCCUGUUGCAUCAUCUGCUAUACCAUCCUACGCUCCAUCUAGUGAGCCGUUCCUCUGGACUUCGCCACCCAUCAUGCCACCAUCUGAUCCUUAUCAUCCUUAUCACAUGGGUUAUUCUACAGAGGAUAUUCUCAGAUCUUUCAUGAUACAGCAGGAGGCGCUGACUCGCCGCGUGCAGGAGCUGGAGAGAGUUCAGCGACCACCGUGCCAGUGCCCUACUCACCCUGCGGUGGAAACCAGUGGGAAUAUCUCCCAAAACAACGGCAAUAACAAUCUGCCUCAUGGUAAUAUUAAGUAA